AUGUCGUUCGCGGUAAUGUCGCUGUAUCGGUUUUUCAUCUUCCAGCAUCUACACCCGCCGAUUGAAUAUGAUGAUGACGAAGACAUAUAUGAUCAGAAUUAUCAAGUACAACAAUCUAUUUACUCGUCACCUCAGAAAACAUCUACUAAGCGCACUGGUCCGCCAAAAUCUCAACCCGCACCUCCCAAAUUUCGUCGUAGAAUUGUCGCAAAAGAACCAACAUCACUUUGGCGUAGUCCUGUACGAGAUAAUCGUACAUCAUCACCCCGGCGUUAUUAUUAUGUGAAUCAACAUCGACAAAUGAUCCCUACAGAUGCACCGCCACCACCAACAGGGCGCAUUUACUACCAACAAGAAAAGCCCCGACGAUUAGAACCAGCUCAGUACGAAGAACAACAACCCACACGAUACGUACAACGGCGCCCACCACAAGCGACUAUGCGGCCGACUGUCCAAGAGCCUAUGCAUAGGCAACAUUAUCAGCAUCCUGCACAACAAUAUUCGUCAGCUCCAAUGCUUCAGCCCCAUAUACAACAACAACAUCCGCCACCUCCAACGAUUCAACCACAUAUACGACAACGACAACAACACUCCCCACCACCGCCAGCACAGUCGACGACAAAAUCCAUAGCACAGCAGCCAACAUCGCCAUCCCGGACACAUCGUCAAAUAUCUCCACGUUAUCGCAAUGGCAAUAUUGAGCAACCGCAUCCUCAUAAUAAAUUAAAACAUCCCGAACUCUAUUAUAUUAAAUCUCGUCAAUAUGAUAACAAUUAUCAUCCACCAUUAAUACGGCAUGAAAGUUAUGAUUUACUUCCAAAACCGUCUGAUCAAUACAACUAUAACCAUCAAGAACCAGCUAUUUCUAAACUUGUUUAUAAAAAAUUACCCCAAGCUAAUAAUAACAAUGAGGAACACUAUUCUUAA